AUGCGGUAUACAGAGUCCGAACUUGAUGCCGCUGCAUAUGAAUUGAUGACUGCUGGAAACAGCAAUUAUCAAUUCAGAAGAGCAAACAUGGUACUUCCUAGUUCAAAAACUUUAAAACGACAUAUUGCAAAGCAUACCACAGACACCCGAGAAGGAGUUUUAAUGGUAGUGCCACUACUUAAAUAUUUGAAUGCUCAUAACUAUCCAUUGGUAGUAGCGUUAAGUGAAGACGGGACAACCAUAUCGCCCAAUCCAGAGUAUGACUCCAGGAGUGAUGCAAUUCGUGGCUUAGUGGCUCCUUUAGAUCAGUUUGGUAUGCCUAAGCAAGACAUUUUCAAAGCCAGCUCAAUUGGAAAGAUUAUAAACGAUCUGGAUCAUUUUGCUGUUGGUGAAUACUUAUAUAUUGUAUUGGCGACACCAAUGGUCGUGGGUGCAUCACCUUAUUGCAUAUUUUACAUGUGUAGUGAUAACAGAUUUACGCAUGCUCAAGUAUUAUCAAGGUGGACCCACGUAGAAUCAGAAUUAAAAAAAGUUGGUAUAACCGUUGUGUCGACCGCAUCCGAUGGCGAUCCACGACUACUGAUGGCUAUGAGACAGAGAACAAGAAUGCCUAAAUCUCAGAAAUCCAAAUCGUACGGUCCACACUUUGUCAUGGAUAUGGAUGAUGAACCAGUCUGUAUUCAAGACAGUAUUCAUUUAGUCAACAAACUUCGUCAUACCUUAUUGGAUCCUAAAAAACAUAUGCGUUUAGGAGACUACGUAAUUUCACCCGCAGUUCUGAAACAAAUGAUGGAAACUGGAGAUAAAAUAAUACACAAAUUAAAUCCUUCUGAUUUAAAUUCAGCGGACCGAAUGAAAUUCGAUCCAUCGGUAAAACUUAUGUCGUUGGAUUUAAUUGAUCAUUUAACCACAAUUGUACCUGGGAGCGUCGGGACAGCUACAUAUUUACUAAUAAUGCGUAAGGCCUAUUCAGCAUUUAAUGAUCCACACAUGUCGCCUGCUGAACGCAUAACUGCAAUUUGGACUGCUUUGUUAUUUGUACGUGCAUGGCGACAAAUUUGUUUAAAGAACCAGAAAACAUUAAAACAGUGCCCUACAUCCAAUGUGUACCAUUGCCUGGAACUGAAUGCGCAUGGCUUGAUAAAAUUCGUUGUCAGAUGCCGGCAAGCGGAAAACAGUGGGCAGUUUAUUACAACUCAUUUGUCGAGUCAGCCAUGUGAAACAGCUUUUCGAGAACUUCGUUCCAUGACAACUAUUAAUCACACCGCAGUAAACUUUACCAUGAAAGACGUGGAGCAACGGAUACAAAAACUCCAAAUGAAAUUACUAAUCAUCCAUCGUAGAAAAACAGAACUAAAUUUCCCAUGCCUGCAGAAACAACAGCUGAAAUCCCAAAAUAUGCCGUCACAUGAUCUACCUAGUGAUACUCAGAUCCGCCAAGCGAUUGAACAAGCUGAAAAUGAUACAAUCAAUUUGUUAAUAUCUCUUGGUGUUGAUGAGGAACAAUUCGAUUUCAGGGAAAGCAUAGUUGUCAACUCUAAAACAGAGUCCGAAUUUGAAUUCGUUUCGUAUAAAGAUCUAAAUAGUUCGGAUUGCAAAGACAACCAUCUUGAUAAUUACGGUAUCAACGAAGUCGCUUCUACAAACAAUAAUCCUGAAGAUCAGACGUUCUCGUCGAUUGAAAAUGUACCGGAGGAACGCAUUAUUGAAGAUGCUGAGAACAUUUUUAAAAAAGCUGGGGGAGAAAUCGUUCUCCGCCAAUGUGCCUCUGGUGGUCCACAUCGAAACGUUUUCUAUGUAGACAAACUUCGUAGUCGUGCGUAA